AGUCCUGUUUCUUCAUUCUGGUUCAAUAUUAACUCAGUGGGGCUGUGACUGUGCUCACUCUGCUGCCUCUGCACUCCCCUGCAGCAGGGGCUGUCCAGCAUGGCGUGUGACAAGAGCAGCGUGCUGAGGGGGCUGCUCUUCUCCAGCCUCCUGCACCUCACCCUGAGCCAUGCUGGAGUUUUCCUGGAGAAGGGACAGGCGCUGUCAGUGCUCAAACGGCCACGACGUGCCAACAAGGGCUUUCUGGAAGAGAUGCUUAAAGGGAGCCUGGAGCGAGAGUGCCUGGAGGAGACGUGCAGCUACGAGGAGGCGUUUGAAGCCCUUGAAUCCACCGAGCAGACGGAGGUAUUUUGGUCAAACUACCAAGUGUGCCAGGGUCUGAGAAAGUCCAGGACAGUUCUAGAUGCUUGUCUAGAAGGUAACUGCUCUCUUGGGCUGGGCCAGAACUAUCGGGGGACAAUCAGCUACACCAAAUCGGGGAUUGAAUGUCAAGUGUGGACGAGCAAAUAUCCACACAUACCUAAAUUUAAUGCCACCAUUCAUCCCAGCCUGGUGGAGAACUACUGCAGGAACCCAGACAAUAACCCGGAGGGCCCGUGGUGCUACACCCGCGACCCCACGGUGGAACGGGAGGAGUGUCCCAUCCCAGUGUGUGGCCAAGAAAGGACGACGGUUAAAUUCACGCCCCGGGUCACCCCCCCGGCCCCGCAGGAGCCCUGCCACGCAGACAAAGGCAUGCUCUACACUGGGAGCCUCUCAGUCACUGUGUCAGGAGCCAAGUGCCUGCCCUGGAACUCUGAGAAAGCCCAAGAGGUGCUGCAAGGAAAGCACAGUGAGCCGGAGGUGAAGCUGCUGGGGAAUUACUGCCGGAAUCCGGACGGGGACGAGGAGGGCGUGUGGUGUGUCACAGAGCAGGCGCCCGGCUUCGGCUACUGCGACCUGCACUACUGCGACAGCUCGCUAGAGGAUGGCAGCGACCAGGCAGAGGGAAUGGCAGGACGCAGUACCCUUCCUCGAGAGUUCAAAACCUUCUUUGAUGAGAAAACAUUUGGUUCAGGCGAAGCAGACUGUGGCACUCGUCCUUUGUUUGAGAAGAAAAAGGUAACAGACAAAAGCGAGAAGGAGCUGCUGGAGUCCUACAUAGGAGGCAGAGUUGUGCAAGGGGAUGAUGCAGAAAUUGGCAGCUCCCCCUGGCAGGUGAUGCUCUACAAAAAGAGUCCUCAAGAGCUGCUGUGUGGUGCCAGCCUCAUCAGUGACAGCUGGAUCUUGACUGCUGCCCAUUGUCUUUAUUAUCCACCCUGGGACAAGAACUUAACUACAAACGACAUCUUGGUGCGGAUUGGCAAGCACAUAAGGGCAAAGUACGAAAAGAAUCAAGAGAAGAUUGCUCUGUUGGAUAAAAUCAUCAUCCAUCCCAAGUACAACUGGAAAGAGAACAUGGACCGGGAUAUUGCACUCAUGCACUUGAAGAGACCCAUCAUCUUCAGUGAAUACAUCCAUCCUGUCUGCCUGCCUACCAAAGAGGUCGUGCAGAGGCUGAUGCUGGCAGGUUACAAAGGACGGGUAACUGGUUGGGGAAACUUGAAAGAAACGUGGGCUGCUAACCCAAGCAACCUCCCCACAGUUCUGCAGCAGCUCAACGUGCCCAUCGUGGACCAAAAUACCUGCAAAGAGUCCACUAAAGUUAAAGUCACUGACAACAUGUUCUGUGCAGGUUAUAGCCCUGAAGACUCAAAGAGAGGAGAUGCCUGUGAAGGGGACAGCGGGGGACCUUUUGUAAUGAAGAACCCAGAUGACAACCGUUGGUACCAAGUGGGAAUAGUUUCCUGGGGAGAAGGCUGUGACCGAGACGGCAAAUACGGAUUUUACACCCACGUGUUCCGCCUCAAAAAGUGGCUGCGAAAAACCAUCGAGAAACACGGGAGAUAGAGGAAGGCUUCACCUUGCUUUGCUCUCACUUUUGCUACAAUGCUCCACUGCUUAAAAGCAAAACCAUAGAAGAUCCUGAAGCAAAAGAGUUCUGUCCUUACAACCCGACAAAGGGAUGUGUUCUCCUUUGAAAAUAAAAGUUCUCAAACUCA